AAAACCUGUGCAUUUUUGGUAUUUUGAUCCUUUUUAUCAAUUUUUGGGAAUACCAUAGCAACCGAAUUAUUGCAGUACAGAAAUAGCUGCCAAAUGAAUAUUUGUGUGUGUGGUCGAUUUGUAAUAUGGCUUCUUCAAGCCCUCACAGACAGGCUUUAAACAUCGGUAACACAGGAAAAUCCCGUGCAGGUCCAACGAUAAAGUGGAAACGGUGUGUACUUUGCAUCGAAACUGACAGUGGAGGCAAAUCUGAUUUCAAAACAUCGACAGAAUUUAUUAGACAUUUAAGAGAACACCAUUGUUCAAAAGAAGGUGGCUCGUAUGUCUGUCGCUAUGGCCACAAUGGGGUGUGUCCAUCGCUACCAUUGGAAGGAGUAAGUGACCGUGAUUAUGAAGUUCACGUUGCUCGUCAACAUGCCUGCUUAACUGAAGUGUCUGGUUACAGUAGCAUGGAACUAUCACCUACAAAUUCUGCACCUUCGGUAGUUACGGAUCAGGACCAAUGGACGGUAUAUCAUUCCACACAAAACUUACCAGCUGUACUCAAUGAUCCAAGAAAAGCUAAACGAGAACCUGAUUUCUUUACAAAAACCUGGGGAGAAGGUUUUGAAAAAAAUGAUAUAUUACCAUCACCAUUUGUGCCACAAAUCACCAGGAUCCAUUUUGAGAGAUAUCUCAGGAAGACGUCAGCUAAAUUUAAGUUCCAUAAAAAGAUGCAGCAAUCGAUUCUUGACAAUGAACUCCAUGAACAUCAGCGUCCAGUAGUACCAGCUCACCGAGAUAAAAGUAAGGCUGAUCUAGAACAAGUCCCAAAG